GAGUUGAGAAAAAUGCAAGCUUGCUGUGGAGGUACUUCAAUGGGGUCUCUUCAGAAACCUGGACGGGUUCAAGGACCUGUCUUUUCCCCAAUUAUGUCUCCGGUGACCAAAUUUUCUCAGCAACUCAAGUUCAAUUUUCCGAGACCUUGCCGUUCUUCUUUUGGUGAAAGAAGCUUGGUCGUUGAAAGGAGAGCGUCUUCAGUCUCGGUACUUAAUACCGAGAUGAGCAGCGAUGAAAUACCUUUUGCGGACUACAGUCUUGGAGAAGUUGAUCCAGAGGUCCAAAAGAUUGUCACAAAGGAGAAAGACAGACAAUUUAGAAGCUUGGAGCUUAUUGCCUCGGAGAAUUUCACGUCCCGAGCAGUGAUGGAGGCUGUUGGAUCAUGCCUUACCAACAAAUACUCUGAGGGACUGCCUGGUAAAAGUCCUCAUGAUCGUAUCAUGGGUUUGGAUUUACCUCAUGGAGGUCAUCUGUCACAUGGGUUCAUGACUCCCAAAAGGCGUAUAUCUGCAACUUCAGUGUACUUUGAGUCCAUGCCUUAUCGACUUGAUGAAUCAACAGGCAUUGUGGACUACGAUAUGCUCGAGAAAACUGCUGCACUGUUCCGACCAAAGCUUAUCAUUGCAGGAGCUAGUGCUUACAGCCGAGAUUUUGACUAUCCUCGCAUGAGGAAGAUCGCAGACUCAGUUGGUGCUUUUCUGAUGAUGGAUAUGGCUCAUAUCAGUGGGCUUGUGGCUGCUUCUGUGGUAGCCGAUCCGUUCGAGUACUGUGAUGUUGUUACAACAACCACUCACAAGUCCUUGAGAGGUCCGAGAGGUGGCAUGAUCUUCUUUAGGAAGGAUCCAGUUAACGGGGUUGAACUUGAAACUGCCAUUAACAAUGCUGUCUUCCCUGGUUUGCAGGGAGGCCCUCAUAACCACACAAUCGGAGGAUUAGCAGUCUGCCUGAAACAUGCACAGUCGCCGGAAUUCAAGGCUUACCAGAAAAGAGUUGUGUCAAACUGUAAGGCUCUAGCUAACCGAUUGGUUGAACUCGGGUUUAAGCUGGUUUCUGGUGGCAGCGACAAUCACCUGGUUCUCGUCGAUCUUAGACCGAUGGGCAUGGAUGGUGCUCGGGUUGAGAAGAUCUUAGACAUGGCAUCUAUUACUCUCAACAAGAACUCAGUCCCUGGUGAUAAAAGUGCCUUGGUUCCAGGGGGAAUAAGGAUAGGAUCCCCUGCGAUGACGACAAGAGGACUCUCAGAGAAGGACUUUGCGGCGGUUGCUGACUUCAUCAAUGAAGGUGUGGAGAUAACGAUCGAAGCCAAGAAGUUGGUUACUGGAACAAAGCUUCAAGAAUUCACCAAGUUUGUGACUUCUCCUGAUUUUCCUUUGAGGGAGAGAGUGCAGAGUCUCAAGGACAGAGUCGAAUCCUUCACCUCUCGUUUUCCGAUUCCAGGCGUUUGA